GUGUGCGUCUUUAUAUGGGGCCUCUUGGAUCACUUCCUUGACAUACACCAAACACACACACAUUUACACACAAACACACACGCCUAAAGGAUGUGUGCUGACAGGAAAUCAUCGUUGUUCUUCUGCUAAAAGCUGAAUGUGAGGAUGAAGAUGAAGAUGGCUGCUGCCUUCGUCGUCUCGGUGCUUCUGACCUACUGCUCCCUUGUCUCCUGCACAGCUACAGAUCCUGCCUGUGACCUCUAUGCCCUUGUAGGGGGCGACUUCACGCUGCCCCUGCAGCUCAAAGUGGAUGGAAAUGGAAGACUGAAGUGGAAACGUAACGAGGACGUCCUUUUCAACCGGGUGUCUGGAACUAUUCGUUUCGGGAAAAAGGGGGAUGUCGCUGAGGACGGAUCUCUGAAGCUAAGAAAAGUGGAGAAAGUGAAUGAGGGGAUGUACAGCGCUGAGGUUCACGAUGAAAGCGGAAAAUCAUCAGGAAAAUUCAAUCCUGUCAAAUUAUGUGUGCAGGACCCCGUCCAGAAGCCCACUGUGUCAAUUGAGUGUAAACUAUUAUCAGUCAAGUUUACCUGCACUGGUGCUAAGGCGAAGGAUGUGACGGUUGAGUGGCAAAAGAAUGGCAAAGUGAUAAAAGAGAAAGGUGAGUCUGUGACCGAUGUUGCUGAAGAGGUGCAGACAGACAGGUUCACCUGCAUGGUGUUUAACAAAGUGAGCAACAAGACCAGUGAGGCCAAGACACAGAGCUGCUACACCCCAGGGAUUUCUUUCCCUGAUGAGAUCUUUGGAAUAAACUCCUGGAUUGUUGUGGGCACUGGAGGAGGAAUCGUUCUGCUGUUGAUGAUCAUCGUCAUAGUUUGCUGCUUGAGGACCAAACGUAGAAAGCGCAUGCAUGUAAAGGACGCGGAGGAGUUUCGUUUGGGCUGGACCAAUCCUAACCAACAACAACAACAACAACAACAACAACAACAACAACAUCAACAUCAUCAUCGUCAUCCUCCCAAUCAACGACACCACCAUCAUCACCAUGAACACCAGCAGCUGCAGCCACAGCAGCAGCAGCACCAGCACCAGAGGCAGCAGCCGGCCGGGCACACCGGACCCCGCCCACAUCGCCCCAAACAGCAGCGUCACAAAGACCAGCCUGACCCGCCCGGCACUCACCCUCAGCCCAGCCCCCGUAGACCUGCACAGGCCCCCCGACCAGCUGAUGAAGAGCAGCCCCCUCCUCUUCCUCAGCCCAGGAAGAAGGCUCCUAAAAGAGUGUGACCUUCACUCCUUCAUUCCUCCUCCCUGCUCCUCUCUUUCUGUUCGACUGAGGACGAUAAAGAUGAAGAUCAGACUCCUCAUCUGAGAGUUUGUUAUUUAAACCUUUUAUUUUGAACUCUUUAGGACACUUGAUAUCAGAGACCUCACGUGUUUUGGCCCAACUGAAGGCAGACCGGGUCAUGUGAUCACUGAUUUCUUCGUUUAGUCUUAAAGGGAAUGUAAUGUGAUGUUUUAAUGUGACAUAUUGUUUGACCUCCCAGCUCAGGGACCUCAGAUGUAAUUUAGCAGCUGUGUUGUUCCUGUCUGAUAAACAAAUAAACUGAAGCUGUCUGUGAA